AAGGAGAUUUGGUGUGGGCUCCAUAUAAAAAAAUGGGCUUUUAUGAAGCUCAUAUAGUUUUUCUCAAUAAUAAUAGAAAUAUAUUGGAAAAAAAGAAACGAGAUAUCCAAAUGAGUGAAGAUAUUGAAAGUCUGAAUGAUAUGAAUACUGCAAUUUCUACAUCUAAUCUCUGUGGUAAUGAAGAUAAUUCUAGAUGUUAUCCUACAUAUGAGGCAGAUGAUACAAAAAUAAAUCAAAAUAUUGCAGUUUCUGAAUGUGAUCUUAGUGUGGACAGAGAUAAUUCAUUACAUGAUCCAACUUACAUACCAGAAGAUACUGAGACUGUUAAUGUCACAAAAACAAAUAAGCAUAAGUCAUUUUCACAUUAGUUUCUAGCUUGUGAAAGAAAUCAUGAAUUUAUACCUCAGUUAUCAGGUGGCCACUAAUUUUUCAUUUUUUUUUAAAUAAUUAUAUAUACAAUGAGUUUCAAAAAGUUCACACCAAUUUUUCAGAAAAUAUGAGAUGUCAAAUCAACACAAAGUGAGAAUCGACUUCAAUGGGCUUCAAUGAAUGUAA